AUGGGCAAUGAGCACUCCCAUGGGGAGAAGACCUGGAUGCAGCCCCAAGCUGUUCGGCGCUCAGGCACCAGCCUGCGGUCGCUACUCGCAGCCGGGGCCGAGAGGCGCCGCAGGGACCGGAGCAGGUGCCGAGGCCGGCGAGGCUCGCUCACCGCAGCCCUCCCGCAGACGAGCGGCCCGGCCGCCAGAGCCAACCCGCUCCGAGGGCCGGCCGGCUCCCGCGGGGAUGCCCGCUCGCCAACCGGGGAUGCCCGCUGGCCCAGCCGGGGAUGCCCGCUGGCCCAGCCGGGGAUGCCCGCUCGCCAACCGGGGAUGCCCGCUCGCCCAGCCGGGGAUGCCCGCUCGCCCAGCCGGGGAUGCCCGCUCGCCCAGCCGGGGAUGCCCGCUCGCCCAGCCGGGCCGCCUGCCCGGGGAGCGCCUCCGGCGGCCGCACCAGGCUCCGCGGCCGCUGCGCAUCCCGCGGAGGGGCUCCCGCCCCGCUCCCCCGCCGCCAGCUCCGGGCCCCAAGGGCAGCCCCCGCUGGCCCCUCCGGUACGGCCCCGCCGCGUCCCGGCCCCGCCGCCCCGCGGGUGCCUCACCUCCGCCGGCACCCGGGAGAUGCGGAGCGGCCCCCGGCGCCUUGCAGCCCUCACCGAGCCCUCGCCGCCGGGGGAGCAGAGGGAUGCCCCGCUCACUGAAGGGCUGCUGCCAGUAGCUGCGCCCAGCCGAGCCGAGCCGAGCCGCCCGCCGAUGCGGCAGGACCGCCGCCGCCGGCUGAAUAUGCUGUCUCACGCCUUUGCUCCGACGCCGGAGCUACCCUGUCAAUACCAGCACCGUCAGCACCCCCUGUAUGAGUGCAAACAUACUCGGACCCCAAAAACCCCCGGACCCCAUCGCGCCCCUCACGCCGGGCCAUUGGGUGCACAGCCCGCGGCCCCUGAGGGGCGGGAGCAGCGCGGCGCCCCCGCAGCUGGCCACGGCCACCCUGCCGCCUGGCCCGGCCCCUGCCCGCUGCACAAGGUCACCGCGGGCGGCACAGCACCAGCACAGCCGCCGCUCCGUGUGCGCUGCUCCCGCGGCAGCCCCGGCCGGCACUGCUGGCGCUCCCCGCGGCGCUGGCGGGGCGCCCGGCGGGCCGGGCCGGCGGGCACGGGGAGCGCCGCCAGCGCCGUCACGAGCGCCCGGGGGGCGGGCCCGCCGCAGCCCCGCCCCCUGCGAGUGUAA